GCCCAGGUGCUUAUGCAGCGGCGGGCUUCUCAACUCUGGCGCCGGCAGAGCCAGCGGAGGGCCAAAGAGCACCUCGUGUCAAGGUAUGUGGCAACUUUGAAAGAGGGUCGGCCGUCUGUUCGCGAACUGGUCGCAGAGCUGACGAGCAUCGCUCGUCGGUGGAAGCGUUGCGAUGCGGUGGCGGCCUGCUCCUUGCUGCUGUACAGCGAGGCACUGCCUGGCAGCCCUACGGGCGGCUCAACGCAGGGCGCUGAGCUUUGUCAAGCGCUUCGCCAGCGCUUGGGACGAGAGGGUUGGGAGCAACGUCGUGUGCACGCCAAAGACAUGCUGCAGCGGCUGAAGGAUGCUCAUGAGGUGCCGCCGCGCUUCUACUCCGUGUUACAGCGGACGGUCAGCGUCGCUUGCGUGCACAAGGAUGGCCCGUCCCCAGAGCUUCAGUCCCUGAUUGCGGCCACCGCAGCAGCAGUCUGCCGCUGCGAUCCGGAGGGCUCCUGCCCUAUUUGCCUUGCGAGAUGGGCGCCAGAAGACAGCUUGAUCGUCCUGUCUUGCCACCACGUCCUCCACGUGGACUGCUUUUGGAAAGUGAUUAUGUCUUCCGGAGCCGAGACUUUACGAGGAUGCUGCCGAAUCUGCACGCAGCGCUCCCAUUGGGGGCCUGUCGCUCGGGGCAACUUCCGCUGUAUGCAGCUGGGCAAGGUUUAG